AAAACAAUUCGGAAAAAUUACUUUUGAUCGUUUUCGUUUUUAGUUUAGUUGCCCGCCUUGAAUUACCGGUUGGAUUUACUCAAUUAAAUUAAUGAACAUGGAAUGAACUUCGAGCAUAAAGCAAACUAAGGUUGCUUACAAUGCCACUGGAUAAUAACAAACCAGUCUCUAAGACCAAGGGGUCGAGGAGAAGAAAUCAGGCAAAUGAGGAAGUAUCGUCUCCUCCAAUGCUGAGGUUUGAUUCUGACGUAGAUAUCAUGCCUCCACAUUUAAGGAAAAGACUACAUGAUCUGUUUGGACAGAUUGAAAAGGAAUUUGAAAAUCUCUAUGCUGAAAACCUUGCAUUACAAGAGAGACUUGAUGCCCAGACUGAGAGAGUAGAAGCCACAAACAGGGAGCCCAAUUCUAUGGACAAUACCGACACUUCUGAUGUCAAUCUCAAACCCAAGCGAUCGGGACAUGAUAUCAUCAGACAAGCUUCUGCAGCUAGUCAGAUUUCCCAGAAAAUCAAGACUACAUACAAGGCAUCUACGAGCAAGUUUGUCUCCAGUUUUCGGAACUCAUCACUCUUGUUUUCGGUGGUCAGGAAAUUUGAGGGUCACAGAGAUGGGAUCUGGGAGGUGAUGGUGUCACGGGCCAGCCACCCAGGACAACAGGUGCUUGGAACCGCCUCAGCUGACCACUCAGCCAGAAUCUGGUCUAUACAGACCCAGCAAUGUGCACUGCAGUAUUUGGGUCAUCAAGGGUCAGUGAACUCUAUAAGGUUCCACCCCGAGAGAGAACUGGCCUUGACCUCAUCAGGGGACCGCACAGCUCACAUCUGGGGGGCACAUGUCACCCUCCCUGAAUCAAGCAAGAGAUUUGGGCGUGCAGUCUCUGUUGAUGAUGAUGUUGACAACUCUGAAAAAGAGGAGCAACAAGAAGCUGAGAGUGUGGAGCAGGCUUGGGAAGCCGCCACACUAAGGACACCCUCUAUGGAGCUGACCGGACACACUGGGGUGGUGGUAGCAGCUGAUUGGAUGAUGGAGGGAAACCAGGUCAUCACAGCAUCAUGGGAUAGAACUGCCAUCUUGUUUGAUGCUGAAACUGGUGACCAAAUCACAUGUCUCACAGGUCAUGACCAGGAGUUGACCGACGUAAGGGCCCACCACUCCCAGAGACUGGUGGUCACUUCCUCCAAGGACACGACCUUCAGACUGUGGGAUUUCCGCAGUCCCAGCAUGCAGGUCAAUGUGUGUCAAGGACAUAAUCAGCCGGUCACCAGUGCGUUGUUUGCGGGGUCAGAUAAGGUGGUAUCCGGGAGUGACGAUCGCACGGUGAAGGUGUGGGAUGUGAAGAACAUGAGGUCCCCACUGGCCGCCAUUAGAAUCGACUCCUCUGUCAACAGACUGGCAGUUUCAUCCAGUCAGAGUUUGAUAGCAAUACCCCACGACAACAGACACAUUCGGAUCUAUGACAUUAAUGGGAAUCGUAUCGGCCGACUUCCCAGGAGUAAUAGACAGGGUCACAGUAAGAUGGUGACCUCGGUGGCGUGGACAGAGGACCACCCCGUGUGUAACCUCUUCUCCUGCGGCUUUGAUAGAAAGGUGCUGGGCUGGAAUAUCAACCUGAGGGAGAAGGACUGAGUACACAUGUACCAAGACACAAACUUCCUCGUCGGUUGUCUCUGACUUUUUUGUGUGGUUACAAAGAAGAAAUAUUUACUAGAUUUGUGCUUAAAAAGUGUCAUCUACAAUAUUUAUUGGUUGUUGUAUGAUUAAUAUAAUUCUGUGCAAUAUUAGUAUUUAAGACAUAAUGAAAUGAAAUAGUCAAUAUGAAUUGAUUUUAUCAGCUUUUCUCCUAAUCUACAUGUAUAUAUCCUCAUUGCAGUAAGAAUUAGAAUUUUUAGUGUUGAGUUGUCAUAUAUGAAGACAUAACGCUGCAAAAUUGACAGUGAUACUUACACGUGUCUAAUGAGAUUGCUUCUGUUGCAAUAAAACUCCCUGUUCUUUCAAUUUUGGGAUGUAGACUAGACUUGAUUAUUAUUUGUUUGUUGAAAAAAUUGCUUUGAUACAAAUUUUCAAGAAAUAUUUCGAUUACUAAUACAUUUUGCAUCAUAGAGUUUGAUGGCGUUAAGGUGAGAUUUGUGGUAAUAGGUAUAUAUAUAUAGGUAUAUAUAUAUUCCAACCAGCGUUCAUGUAACACCAACCACCCUUCAUUUCAGAUAUGAUGUUAAGAUUUAUAUAAAAUGUAAUAAUUGAUUUCAGGUUUUUCUUUAUUUCGCGCUGUUUUAUAACAAUAUAUAUCUGGUAUAAAUAAAUAUUGUUUAGAAACACCAGAUUACACUUAUACUAAGAUAAGUUUUUCCUGAAAUCAGUGGACUUGGAAAGGUUUCAAUGAAGAUAAUUUUUUUUACAUGGAAGAAGUCCAAAAAUUUUACUUUUGUUGCAUUUUAUUUGAUUUUUAAAAAGUUCAUAAGAAUUUAAUAAAAAUGAAUCAUGAUAUGUAGUGACUUUUUAAAAAUAUGUUAAGCCUAAAUAACCCCAUACUAGUCACGUAUAAAAUGUACUUUGCACGAAAUUAUUCACAUUUCAUUGAAAUGACAAUUUGAAAUCUAUUGUGGUUAUUAAAUGGGUCUGGCCAAAAUAUUUGAAUUUUAUAAUAGAAAAAAUUUGAUUAACAGAAUAGUAUUUAAUGUGUGUAAUUCCUAAAAAUAAAAUGUAAAUGCAAACCGCAAACCUUACCUUAAUUCUAUUUUAAAAUAUUACACAAAUCGAUUCAUAUGGGGUUUUCCGUAUGAAGCUCAGAAUUCCUGUUGGAAAAGCCCGAGAAUUCAUAUUGGAAAAAAUGCAAAUAAAGCUUAGAAACUACUUGCUUUGCGAAAAUACAUAUUAGAUAAAAUUUUUUAAAAAAUCAACUACCAUCAGUACUUAAAUACUUUGAUUAAAUAGUUUGGGAAAUGCUGAUAACGGAUACUUAAUUCUCGAAAGAAAAUAUAUACAUGUAUAGUAACUGUAGUAGAAUUUGCAUGUUUUCAUUUCAUGUAAUCGAAAAUUCAUUUAUUUACUGAACAGCCAGCCUUUAUAUGGUUCUACUUACAAGUUAUUAUAUAUUUCUUAUUACAAAUGUAAAUGCAUGUAUAUAUAUAUAUACAAAAUAAGUGGAUGUACAUAUACUAUAUGUAUAUAUAUUCGGCUAAUAUUAGCUUCUAUGAUUAGAGACAUUCUAAGGACUUUUUAAAAAAGCUAAUAUUGUUAUAACAAUCUGUUUAUACAUCAUUUAUAUGUAGCAUCAUAUUUUGUUUGACUGAACAAUUUGAACACCUCAUAAUAUAUACUUGAUGUAACCGUUGUACAAAUAGUUUUAGACUUGUCAGAUAAUAGAAUCAAGUUCAGUCAAAACUGAAUAUAAAAAGACGUGCAUAGAUUAAUGAGAACGUUGACUUGUCCAUUAAAUAAUACCCAUGCUCUGUG